AUGCCUCAGACAUCCAUGUUCCAGUCCGUGGAGGCUGCGUGCCGGGUCCUGGAGCGUGAUCCGGUGGGCCGCGAAGCUGUUGGCAUUUGGCGAAGCAUCGAGGAGGUCCAGACAUUGCCGAGUACGCCGGUGUCGGAUGAGCCCAUUGUUGUCUUGGAGGGUGCGGAUGGGGUUGGGAAAUCCACCUUGGCAGAAAACCUCCACCAUUCCAUGAACGCAUCGGUUGUGAAGACACCUCCGGAAGCUUUGGGUCAUCUUCGGCGGUAUUUCGAUACUGCGGAUGCGGAGCUCCGGAGGUCUUUCUACAUUUUGGGAAACUACAUUUGCGCUGCCGGCCUCCGGUGGUUGAAUCCCAAACAGCCCCUCAUCAUUGAUCGCUUUUGGCCAUCUUCGGCUGCUUACGCUCUGGCUUGCGAUCUCCGAACCUUUGCAAGUGAACAUCCAGAAGUUGCGGCGAUGCCCAAAGACUUGGUGGAUUUGCUUCCUUUCGGGUCACGGCCCAUCGUCUUCCUGGUCCUGGACCUUCCUGAAGAGGUACGGGCGUCUCGUGUGCGCACCAGAUCUGGUGUCAUUACUUCAGAAGAGGAGUCCUUGGAGCGGGAUGCAGUACUGCGCCAACGUUUGGCCCGCGCGUAUGCAGCCCUGCGGCUUCCAGAGAGCCAGGUCAUGUCCUUUCUGGAUGCUUCGGGCGGCCAAGGAGAUGUCUUGAAGCGCGCGCUCGCAAUCAUAAGCUCGGCGAGGGAGGAGUUUCGUCCGUCACCGGUGCCACUCUCCGUGAAUUGGCACUACACGAGGCAGUGCAACUACUCAUGCAAGUUCUGCUUCCACACUGCCAAGACGUCUUUCUUCCUGCCGCAGACAAAGCAAGGCAUGGACGAGGCGAAGCAGUGCUUGCGUCGUCUGCAGUGGGCGGGCAUGCAGAAGCUGAAUUUCAGUGGUGGUGAGCCAUUCCUACACGAGAAGGAGCUUGGAGAGCUGUGCCGCUUCUGCAAGGAGGACCUGGCCCUGGAAUCCGUGAGCAUUGUCUCUAACGGCAGCAAGAUCACAGGGGACUGGAUUCGAAAGCACGGUAGCUACGUGGACAUCCUGGCCAUCUCCUGCGACUCCUUCCAGGAGGAGAUCAACCUCAAGAUCGGGCGUGGCAAGGGCUCCCACUUGCAGCAGCUGGAACAGAUCCGGCAGUGGUGCGAGGAGGCCGACAUCAAGUUCAAGGUGAAUACGGUCGUCAAUGCAAUGAACAUCAACGAGGACAUGGGGGACAUGAUCCGCCGGCUCAACCCGGUCCGCUGGAAGGUUUUCCAGUGCUUGCUGUUGGAAGGAGAAAAUGCUGGUGAGGAAGCUCUGCGCAACGCAAGGAGGCUGACCGUUUCGUCCGAGGCGUUCCAGGGCUUUCUGGACAGACAUUCGCAGAUUGACUGCCUGGUGCCGGAAGACAACGAGAAGAUGAAGGACUCCUACCUCAUUCUGGAUGAGUUUAUGCGUUUCCUGAACUGCACUGGUGGCGCAAAGACACCCACAGCAUCUUUGCGAGACGUGCCGGUCAUUUCGGCAUUGAAGGGUGCAGGAUUCGAUUCGAAGAUGUUUCACACACGUGGUGGAGUUUACGACUGGACACGGCAACGAGCUGCUGGAUACGUAGGCGAAGGUGCUGACCUCGAAGACCUAGCAGGCAGCCGCACAAAGACGCCUCGGCGAACGUUGUUGAGGACUCGUGGUCUCAUCAACUCACCGCGCCCUUGGGGCCAGGUGCACGUCCUUGCUGCUGCGGCACUCAUGGCCGCUAGUGUGAUGAUCGCCGUGGGCAGCCGCUCACGAAUGGCUGCUGCGCGAUGA